AGCCUGCAAGGGAGACGGGAGCCAUUACAGCAACGGCAGAAGUUGCAAGCUUGCCUGGUCGAAUUACAACUUCUUGUGUCGCAUGAGAAAACACGCUGGAUCCCUUGUAAAGAGGAUAUCCCUUGUAUAUAUAACCAGACAGAACAAGGCUCCGUUUAAUCUGAAAGAAAUAACUGAAGAACGCGAAAUAGAGCUUAAAACACAACAUGGAGAAUGAAAGCAAAUAUCUCCCCGAACUACUGGCAGAAAAGGACAGCCUGGAUUCGUCGUUCACUCACGCAAUGAAACUUUUGUCUGCAGAGAUUGAGAGGAUUCAGAAAGGAGAGACAAAGAAGGAAGAAGAGGACACCUACCUUGACCUGUUCGCCACCAAGAACAUCAAAGUGAAGGAGAGGGUGCUCAUUCCUGUCAAGCAGUACCCAAAGUUCAACUUUGUGGGAAAAAUUCUCGGACCUCAAGGAAACACGAUCAAACGGCUACAGGAGGAGACUGGAGCGAAGAUCUCAGUCCUGGGGAAAGGGUCGAUGAGGGACAAGGCUAAGGAGGAAGAGCUGCGAAAAGGUGGCGAGCCCAAAUAUGCCCACCUGUCCAUGGAGCUGCACGUCUUCAUCGAGGUGUUCGCCCCCGUCCCAGAGGCCUACCUCCGCAUGGCUCACGCCAUGGAGGAAGUCAAGAAGUUCCUUAUUCCUCAGGACAUGAUGGAUGACAUCUGCCAGGAACAGUUCAUGGAGAUGAGCUACCUGAAUGGGGGCCAGGAGGCAGGGGCCAGAGGUAGAGGAGGCCCCCCAGUCCGAGGGCGUGGGGUGCCCCCACCACCUUCUCCGGGAGCCAGGGGCCGAGGAAUGCCGCCCCGUGGAGGGGCCCCUCGGGGUGGCCCGGCGAGAGGUGGGGCGACGAGGGGCGGUCCCGCAGGCCGGGGCGGACCGCCCGCCCAGCCCACCAGAGGUGGAGCAGCAACCCGGGCCAGACCGCCUGCGCCUGGGGCACAGAGAAUGCUGCCACCCCCAGCCCACUCGCACCAGCACCAGCACCAGCAUCAACACCAACACCAACAGCAGCACCAACACCAGCACCAUCAACAUCACCCCCCUGCACCAGAGCCCUAUGAGGAAUAUGCCUAUGAUGAGAGCUAUGCAGAGCCAGCAUACGAAAGUUACGACAACUAUUACAGCCAACCCCCACAAGCGGAAACGGAAUACUAUGACUAUGGACACGGGGAAGCGCAGGAGGCAUAUGAGCCUUAUGCUCAGGAUGACUGGAAUGGCACACGGGUGGCCGGCGGUGGGAAGGCUCCCCCAGCCAGGCCAGCUAAGGGACCCUACAGGGAACAUCCGUAUGGAAGAUACUGAAACAAGCGCAAAAUGGGCUGUACCAUUGAGCUUGUUGCCCUGGCAACUGUCAGUCUCCCACGGCAGCUCUCGCUUUUAACAA